UGAAAAGAGCAAAAUUUGAUUGCGUAUAUAAAUAAAGAAAACGAUUUAGGGUUUCAACCGUCGCUCGUUGUCUAAGCCGCCGCCGCAGCUGCUGAGGAACUCCGUUUCAUCUGUAGAUUGCUCACUCGCGUUUCUCCUAAACAUCUUGCAUAAUGACCAAGAGAACAAAGAAGGCCGGUAUCGUUGGAAAGUACGGUACCCGUUAUGGUGCUAGUCUGCGAAAGCAGAUCAAGAAAAUGGAAGUCAGCCAGCACUCCAAGUAUUUCUGUGAAUUCUGUGGCAAGUAUGCGGUGAAGAGAAAGGCUGUUGGUAUCUGGGGUUGCAAGGAUUGUGGCAAAGUCAAAGCAGGCGGUGCAUAUACUUUGAACACUGCAAGUGCUGUGACGGUGAGGAGCACAAUUCGGCGGUUGAGGGAACAGACCGAGAGUUAAGUGGUGCAUUUGUUGUUUGCUUUAAUCUGAAGUUUUUAGAAACUCUACAUACUAUCAUGUUGUCAAGGUUUCGUAUUUACCCUUUUAGACCUUUUUGGAUCAUUUCAAAAUAUUCACCUGUUGAAUCAAUGAAGAGAGUUGUGUUAAAUCA